AUGGCCGAAUACGACAGGACUAUCCUCGAGUUCUACCAGCUGCCGACGCCCUUUCCUGCCGAGUGGCCGGCCGAAAAAGACGCAAAUGACUCCUCAGGUGACGAUGAAAAGGGCGCGAAGCAUCGCCGCCAAUCCCGCUAUCAGGCUCUCGAGACGGCCGUCAACACCCGGAGGAGUCUCCUGUCCGGCCCAGAUGGCGGCAACCUGGUCCAGAAGGACGAACCCGACCCUCUAGGCUCCUCGGAUAGCGUUGUGCGGUCCCUGAGUACCAUGGGGCUCCCUUUGCAAGACGACGUGCGCAUGCGCAAUCGCUUCCUGCUCUCCUCCACCACCUUUUCUCCCGCCCUCUUCCUGUCCCAGAUGCAUGCCGAUGCCGACACGCGAAGCCUGCUUCAGGGCCUCGACGUUCUCUCCCAGUCGAUUGACCAAAAGUCCGCCUCCCUCAAGGUCCUGGUGGAGACCAACUUCGAACGGUUCGUCAGGGCAAAGGCCACCAUCGACAACGUCUACAAAGAGAUGAAUCGGAACAGCUUUCGCCAAAGUGGCAACGGAGGCCUCAGCAACCCACUUGCCUUGUCUGCCUCGGAUAGCCGCAAGAAGAACGCGCUCCUCAAGGAGAGCGAGUACGGCCUUUUGGGGAUCAAGGUCCCGCUGCUCGAUGUGUCUGCCAAGGCCGAAGAUGUCUGGGGCCCCGCGCUGGGGGGACGUGAGAAGGAAGAGAACCUCAAGACUGUGUCCAACCAUCUUGAUCAGUUCAAAGAGUACGUCCAACUCAGCGCGUCGGUUUCCGAGAGCAUCAAGAGAAAAGACUAUGAAUCACUGGUAGAGGCAUACAAUCGCGCCAGGAAGUUUGCAGACGAGGCUCGCCGGCUGUCGCGCGAGCUAGGCGGCCACUCGCCCAGCGAUGCGCAGCUCUACCAAAUGGUGCUUGCUGGGCGAGUCUGGAACGACGUCGAACAACAAGUCCAAUCCUUCAAGAGAGACGUUUGGAAGAAGCUCAUGUCGCUCCAGACGGUCUCGAAGCUGGAAAGCCUGGCCGGCAGAACCCAAGAUCAGCACAUGGACAUAAUCAGCAUGCUGCUCGAGCUCGGCGCCGAGGAAAACCCCAUCCACGUCUGGCUUGCGACUAGAUAUGAGCAGCUCAAGGGCAAGGUCCAAGCUGCCGCCGAUCGCUCCAAGGUGGAAAUCGAGGUGCUGCGACGCAGGCUCGCCAGCAACGACAAGCCACCGCCUCAAGUUGUUGCCUCUCAUCUUCAAUCACUGGGCCGGCAGUCGGUUGAGGGCAAACACCCUUCAUCCGACUCGGCCGACGUCAUUGAACUGUGGGAAAAGAUGCUCACCUUCCUGACCAACCUCAUAUCGUCGCAGGGCAUUCUGGGAGAGCUGGUCGACUUCUGGCAAACAGUGCAGGGGUUCAUCGACGGCAAGACGCAAAGAAUGCUGCCACUGGGCUACAAUGGCGAAUCGCGCCAUCACCACCAGCUAUCCCCGCAAGCUGUGACCGACCUAGAAAAGGGCGUGGUGGAAAUGGUGGAGUUGCUGAGGGAGCACGUAUACGCAUUCUUUGCGAGUCCGCCGCCCGAGGACAUCUCAUUGCUCUUCUCCCCGCUGCCGCUGUCGCCCAACUCCCCGGCCUCGGCCAACGCUCUGACGCCGACUGCUCUUCGCGACCCGCGCUUCAAUUUUGACCCGAGCAACCCUCCGCCUCCGUCUCCUAGAAGGGGCGAGCCGUGGGAGAAGCUGGCCUUUUGGCCGCCGUGGUCUAAUUCCAUCAGUGGCGCGCACUACCUGUCUAGAAUGCUGGCCCUGGUGGGAUCGGGCGCGUCCGACAUGGCAUGUAUCGGCCCUGUCGCGACAAGAGACCCCCAACUGCUGGACCACCUGAAGUCUCUGGUGGGCAUUUCGCGAGAGCGAUGCGUCACCGCGCUCUGUGCCGCCUGGAACACCGAUGCCGAGAACAUCAAGUAUGUCGAGGACUGGCAGCGAGCGCCAGGAUCCAAGGACGUGACGCGCAUGCCCGCGGCCUUUUCGUCCUUCGAGGGCGCUCUUUUGUCGGGCAUGCAGAAGAUCCUCUACAUCCUCGAGGCAAUGGAGAAAACUGAUGCUGGCAACAUUGUCCUCCCGCCGCCGCCUAAGCUGCUGCAGAUGGUUCGCAGCCAGUACGUCACGACUCUCUACAAGGCCCUGAGCGGAAUGGUGGAGAAUGCAGAGCGCUCCGUCAUGACGGGAGAGGACGAGUGGACGGCGGCGCGGGAUAGCUGGAACAGGGCGAGCUCCGUGGCGUUGGUGGCCGGCAAGAGUGCCUUUGACGUGGGAGACAGGAAUGUCAGGAUGCUCUUGACCCUGAGCAACCUGCAGGCUCUCCGAUCUCAGGUCGUGCCCAACCUCAACUCGCAGUUUGAGAAUGCGUUUUCCGUCAAAUUGACGGACGAAUCCAAGACGAUCCGGGACGUCCUUGGGCAGAUUGACGCGCGUCUUUUUCAGUCUUAUACGAAGCCGUCGAUUGACAAGCUUCGGGAGAUUAUCCAAGCCGGCCUCUGCGCCCCCGACUGGAUGCCAGCCCCCAACCAGCGUCCCCAGACGGCAAAGCCAUAUGUCUACGAAGCCCUGCUCGCCCUCGUCCUCGUGCACUCGCAAGUGUCCACGACGGCGCCGUCGCUCACGGCGCAGGUACUGUCCUUUCUCCUGGAGCAGACGUCGCUCCAGAUCCUCGACGCCUUUCGUCGGCGGCCGCGGUACUCGCUCGAGGCGCUGAUGCAGGCCACGCUCGACGUCGAGUUUGUCGCGCAGACGUUGAGCCACUACACGACGGACCGCGCGUCGGAGCUGCAGAGCCAGAUCUACCAGGAGCUCGACGCGCGGACCGACAACGACGCGCGCGCCAGACUGCAGAACGAGCUCCCCGAAAUGCGCAGCGUGCUCAAGAAGUUGCGCGAGGCGAGCAAGAACGAGUUUGCGUGCUUCAAGAAGCCCAAGCGCCACGGGCACGGGGGUUCCAAGCCCGACAGCGGGUCCGUGGGGAGCUGA